AUGCCCAGACUUAUACGCAGAAGACCGCUCCUAGUGCGUAUAAAAGAUUACCUUCAUCCGGGAGAUUGGUUACUCUGGAUUUCAGAAGAGCUUGAAACCAAGGACUGGGAUAACAAGCAGCUUGGGAAUACAUCGGCUUUGCUAUUUCACAUACUACUUCUCUUUGCGAAAAUCAAUGUCGGGACUUCUCAGGGCUCACCAGAUGAUGUGUUCGGCGACGAGAACCCCAGUUUCAGAUGGGUUGGCUGGCUGGCUUCAUUAACUGUAUAUCUGCUGAGCACUGUUUGUUUAACGAAUGCUGUGUACACGCUUUUUCGUAAACGACAGUAUCGACUCUUUGAAAGUUGUAUCGAUGUGCCACCUCAAACAUCAUCUGCACGCCGCGUCCGAGUCAACUCGUCUCCUAUGUCCUCUUCUCCGCUACGUGUACUUCAUAACAUUCUCCAUGAUGCGAGCGCCGAAGCCCGAGCCCACCCAGAUCCGACGCGUGAUGUCUGGGAAAUUUCAGUCUGGGAUCCAUUACCAUUUUGUCUGCGACUAUUCUGCCUAUUUAGUCCGGGACAUGUCCUAGUAUAUUGGCUUUUUCUUCCCACUGGACAUUAUGAUCCCCGGCCUAGCAUCACAGUAUUGAAGACGAUAAUUUUGCAGGCCCUUAUUUCAGUACAGCUUCUGAUUCUCCAGGCAAACUUUUCCCAACAAUCAAAAGACUCCUCAAUAAUUCACCAAGAGGUUAUGAGUGAGUAUGAUAUUAAGUUUGUACAUCCUCGAAUGUAUCCAACAGUUCGUGAUGUCAGCACACAAUAUGAUGACGAAGGAUCGAGAGUGCAAUCUGGACGAAAGAAUUGUGUGGUUACAUUUAAACCUACUGUUAUCCUGAAACGAGCCUUUCAAACCAGGCCAAAUCCUAACUAUGCUAAAUAUUAUGACCCAGAAAACCUGGGGAAUGAUUCAUUGAAAUCGGAUCUCACGCCAAUAUCACGCAACUCACAGAGCCCGACACCGUUUUUUGGUCUCACAUCUCGAAAUAAUUCAAAACAAUCCCAACUUCGAUGCAGCCUAGUGAAUUCGUCGACCUUGUCUACAGGCGCUAAUAUAGGCACAGGAGGAUCCCUGGGAAUAUAUAGUCACUCAAAUUCGCCUCUGAAGAAGGCAGCGAGCCUACAUGACAUGAAAAAUAGAGCCUAUGAAACACCUCGAAACUCGUUUGACAUGGCACACCGUGAAAUAAAGGGGCAAUACGAAAGAAGUAUAGGUUCAGCUGCUCGAACGCGGGAUUCAAAAUCAUCCUACGACGUGAAUAUGAAUUUAGAUGAACAGAUGCAUCCAAGAUCAUCCAAUUCUAAGUUCAAGACUGAUGACAAUAUAGAAAGGCCCAUCAAAAAAGAGAGAACAAAUUUUUAUUAG